GAAAAGGCCAAACCCAAGGUCCCUUCCAUAUCCAAACCCCUCAACCUCAAAAUUCCCAAAAUAAAAAAAAUAUUAAGACAAAAGAUAAAAAAUAAAUAUUAUAUUAAAACCCUUUUACUCUUUGGAUCUCUCUCUCCUCUCUCUCUCUCUCUCUCUGUGUCACUACUAGGGUUUUGCGUCUGCUUUCGCUCUGUUCUGCUCUUAUACCCUAGUUUCCACAACAACAUCCUCAAGUUUUGGUUUCUUGGCUUAUUACUGCAAUGGGGGAUGCAGAAAAUGCCCUUCCACCUUCAAAGAAGAGGGCUGCUGGAAGAGAACUUUCUCGGGAUAACCCUGGUCUUGAUGAUGAUGAAGAUUCUUCUGAACAAGAGACCGGAACUUUUAAGAGGGCUAGUGAUGAAGUGUUGGCAAACAGAAGAAUACUUAAAGUUCGCAGAAAUCAAACCACUUCAGCUGCCUCAUCCAAUCCUUUUUCUGCGAUUCGCUUGGUUCCCCCUUUGGAACCAACCAUUACUUCUGACACACCUAGUGCAGCCCCUGAAUCCAGCACAACCACCGCUGAGGUUACAGCUGAAGCACCAAUUGCCAAUGAGAAAGAAGUUUCAGAAGAUGGGAAAGAUGAUGUUAACAAAUCUGAACAGAAUGAAGAUGGAAAUAAUAAGCAGUCAGAGAAAAAAACAGAUGAAACAGAGCCUGGGUCGGCAAAGAGUGAAAGUGAGAAUAUUAAACAGUAUGAAAAUAAGGAGGAUGAGCUAGUUUCUGAUGCUGUUGCUGAUAAGGAAAGUGCUGAGGAUAAGGGCAGUAAUGUUGUAAAUGAAGAAAUUCUAAAGGAGGCCAAUGAUGAAAAACCAGCAGGAGGCGGUAAAAGUGAGGAUGAAGAUAAGAAAGAUGAAAAACCUGCAAAUGAAGAUAAAAAAGAUAAGAGUAGUGAAAAUGCAGAUUCAACUGCAGAAGGUGCAUCGUUGAGUUCAUUCCAACAGCUUUCAAGUAGCCAAAAUGCCUUCACAGGACUUGCUGGCACUGGAUUCUCUACUACUUCAUUCUCCUUUGGAUCUACUCUAAAGGAUGGUUCUACUAGUUCUGUUCCACUUUUUGGGCAGAAAAAUGACCAGCCUUCCUUUGGUUUUGGUCUUUCGACAAAUGGAAACUCUUCCCUCUUCAACACAUCAGGGACUUCAAUUGUUUCCAAGAGUGAGGGAAGUGGUUUUCCAGCCAUGCAGGAGGUUCCAGUUGAGACGGGAGAAGAGAAUGAGAAAGUGGUGUUCUUAGCUGAUUCUGUGCUGUUUGAAUUCAUAGAUGGGGGUUGGAAAGAGCGUGGGAAGGGAGAACUUAAGGUGAAUGUCUCUACAACUGGGACAGAAAGAGCCAGGCUACUCAUGAGAGCUAAAGGAAAUUACAGGUUGAUUCUAAAUGCAAGUCUUUACCCAGAUAUGAAGCUGACAAAUAUGGACAAGAAAGGUAUCACUUUUGCCUGCAUGAAUAGUACUGGUGAAGAGAAAGAGGGGCUGUCUACAUUUGCAUUGAAGUUCAAGGAUGCUUCCUUAGUCGAAGAGUUUCGUGCGGCUGUAAUGGCACACAAAGGCAAGGCAGGUGCUGUUCUGAAGACACCAGAAAACUCUCCUAAAGCCUCAGAGGGUUGAAAGGUGUUUCGCUUAAUGUGGUCUGUCCUGGACUUGCCAAUUCCAGUAGUCCUUUUUCUUUGUGGAAGAAGGGUUCUUGCUUGGGUAUGCUUAAUCCUAAGCUCUUCUAUGUAGCAGAGUUAAUAGAGUCCAAUCCUUUUUGUUGUUAAAUUGUGUAGCCUGCGGGAGAAUGUUUCAGCUUGUUUUUUGUGUCAAUCCUGGAAUUAAACAACAGCUUGAUCUUCAAAGCUAUCAAGACUGCUAUAUUUGACUGUUAUCACAGCUGUGCCCUUGAUCUGGGAUUAAAAUGUGGAAUUGCUAGGAGUCCUAAACUCUACCUUGAUAGCUCCAGAGUCCAGAGGGUAGUGUUGUAUCAGAUAUUAUUCUACUGUAGUAUGACCAAAAAAUAGAGAUUUGUGGUACACUCCUGUUUGGACAAAGGUUAUAGGAUAUGGUGUCCUCUCUAAAAUAAAUUCCCAAUUUCCUUGA